UGUUCCAACGCGCUUGAUUGUAACCCUCUACCCACUUUAGUUUAUGAAUUGUGUUUGAAUACCGUCCUGGGUACCUUGGUUAAUUUUAUAUCGUAGCGUCAUACCGUUCGUAGAGACUUGUACUGGUACGACGCUUUUUCGUAUUGUUUUGCUGAGUGUGUGCCUCCUUUGUUUGAGUGGUUCACUUUUAGUGGCCAGUGAUUGGGAAUCUCAUAAAUAAAACAUUUUUACUUAAUUAACAUUAUUUACUCAAGUUAAAUCAUCGCCUAAUCUAUCAUACGAGAUAGUUUAUUAGCUUCCAAAAUGUCGAACAAUGGUGACGUCGUAUUGACAAUAGAAGAACGCAAGGUUUAUGACCGCCAAAUACGCCUGUGGGGUUAUGAUGGACAAAACAAGUUGAGAUCACUGAAUGUACUUUUAAUUGGAAUGCAAGGCCUAGGCGCUGAGAUAGCUAAAAAUUUGAUAUUGUCGGGUGUUAAUUCUAUUACCCUGAAGGAUCAUACUUCAGUGUCCAUAUUAGACCGUUGUUCUCAGUUCCUUAUCCCACGUGAUAGCGAAGAACGUAAUCGUGCUAAAGCAAGUUUGAAUGCAGCACAAAAGCUAAACCCAAAUGUUAAAGUUAAAGCAGAUACAACACCGAUUGAAGAAAAUGUGGAUAGUUUCAUUACUUUGUUUGAUGUUGUCAUAGCCACAGAAUGUUCUUCAAGUACUUAUAAAAGACUGAGUGAAGUUUGCAGAAAAGCUAAUGUAAUGAUAUUCAUAGCUGAUGUUUAUGGUUUAUUUGGAUAUUUUUAUCAAGAUGUGAAUUUCACCCAUUCCUUAUACGGUGAAGUAUUUCCAAACAAUGAUCAAAUCGAUUCUAUUACUGUAACAAAAAAACUUCCACAGAUAUAUUAUUUGACUUCAGGCUUAUUAAAAUUUAAAUCUGAUUCUAACCGUAAGCCAAAUCCCGAUACGUCUGAGGAAGAUAUUGAAGAAUUGAAAUCAAUUAUUCAUCUUCAAAUGAAUCAUUCUUCAGAUCAAGAAAGUACUGAUGUUGAUAUAUUUGAAGAAUACUAUGGAGAAUUAUUUUGUGAACUGAGCCCUACAACGUCUAUUAUAGGCGCAAUGGUAUCCCAGACUGCUAUAAAUACUGUAAUGAAUAAGCCAGUUAGCAACUAUAAUGUAUUCUUCUAUGAUCAUGUAAAACAUGAAGGAACAUUUUAUUUGUUGUAAAAGUGAGAAUAGACUGUCCUAUAAUUUAAAGAUUUAAUAUUAAGGUUUAUUUUGUUUGAAAAUUCUAGUAUUUAAAUUGAUUAAUUAACUGUGCAAGUAGUAUUUAAUCUCCAUUAGAAGUGUAAUUUUGUUCUGAGACGGUUUCAACAAUUAACAUAUUUUCCGAUUUAUUUAUUUUUUUU